UGAACGAAAAUCCACUUCCAAACACGACCGUUUGCAUUCCCUCCCCCGGUAUCGCGGCAGAGCAAAGCUUCAACACCACUUGAUGCUAACAGGAUCACAAUGAAGCCUAAACCAUUAUACCUUCGGACAUUGUUUCGGUCUCUGUCUCGUCGCUCUUCUCUGUUCUCUUCCUCGUUUUCUUCUAAAACACAGUUAAUUCAAGCAGCGAAACCUCAGAAACCUUGCUUCAGAUCAUCAGAAAAUGAUGAUUCGCUCAUGAUCCGCUCAGAGUGGGACGGCAAAUUGAAAGAAUCCGUGGAACACCUCUGCCGCCAAAAACGAUUGAAAGAUGUUAUCCAAUUACUCGAGAAACAGGUGCACCAGCUUUCUGCAGGUUUGUAUACCACGAUUCUACAAUUAUGCAUUGAAAAGAGAGCUUUGGGUGAGGGCAAAAGAGUUCAUGCCCACAUCAAACGCUCUGGGUUUGUGCCCGGGAUAUUUAUUUCGAACAAGAUUCUUGAUUUGUACUGUAAAUGCGAGAGUAUUUCCGAUGCGCAGACGGUAUUUGAUGAAAUGGGUGAGAAGGACUUGUGUUCUUGGAACAUUUUGAUAUCUGGGUAUGCCAAAAUGGGUUGGGUUUCAGAAGCGAGAAAUCUGUUUGAUGUAAUGCCCAAAAGAGAUAACUUCUCGUGGACAGCUAUGAUUUCGGGUUACGUGAAGCAUAAAGAGCCUGCAAAUGCAUUGGAAUUGUACAGAUUAAUGCAGAGAAGUGAGAAAUUCAUGAGUAAUAAGUUCACAGUUUCUAGUGCUCUCGCGGCUGCUGCUGCUAUACAGUCUUUGCGUUUGGGAAAGGAGAUUCAUGGACAUAUAAUGAGAACAGGGCUGGGUUCUGAUGCGGUUGUUUGGAGUGCUUUAUUGGACGUUUAUGGAAAAUGUGGAAGCAUAGAUGAUGCCAGGUACAUUUUUGAUAGAACGGUGGGGAAGGACAUUGUUUCAUGGACAACAAUGAUUGACCGAUAUUUUGGUGAUGGGAGGUGGCAAGAGGGUCUCUCCCUGUUUUCUGAUUUCUUAAGUUCUGGGAUUAGGCCUAAUGAGUUUACAUUUGCUGGUGUUUUAAAUGCAUGCGCUCAUCAAACUGCCGAGGAGUUGGGCAGACAGGUUCAUGGACACAUGACUCGAACUGGAUUCGAUCCAUAUUCAUUUGCUGCUAGUGCACUUGUUCACAUGUAUGCUAAGUGUGGUAGUGUUGAGACUGCACAUAAAGUAUUCAAGUGGCUGCCUAGGCCUGAUUUAGUUUCUUGGACAUCUUUGAUUAAUGGUUAUGCUCAGAAUGGUCAACCCCAUGAAGCUCUUCAGUUGUUUGAUUUGUUACUUAAAUCAGGUAGUCAGCCUGAUCACAUCACAUUUGUUGGCGUUCUAUCUGCUUGUACCCAUGCCGGUUUGGUUGAUAAAGGUCUUGAGUAUUUCUACUCGAUACAGGAGAAACAUGGAUUGAGUCAUACUGCUGACCACUAUGCUUGCAUUAUUGAUCUUUUGAGUCGUUCAGGCAGAUUUAAAGAAGCUGAAGGUAUCAUAAAUAAAAUGCCUAUGAAACCUGACAAGUUUCUGUGGGCUUCUUUGCUUGGUGGAUGCAGAAUUCAUGGAAAUUAUGAACUAGCGGAGCGAGCAGCCAAAGCCUUGUUUCAAAUUGAACCUGAGAAUGCAGCGACAUAUGUUACCCUGGCAAAUAUCUAUGCUACUGCAGGCAAGUGGAGUGAAGUGGCAAAGGUCAGAAAAUUAAUGGAUGAGAGAGGAGUGGUGAAGAAACCUGGUAUGAGUUGGAUCAACAUCAAUAAGAAGGUCCACAUUUUCUUAGUUGGAGAUCAAUCGCAUCCAAGAUCGAAAGAGAUAUUUAACUUUCUGGGAAAAGUUUCAAAGAGAAUGAAGGAAGAAGGUUAUGUGCCUCACACGAAUUAUGUCCUGCACGAUGUGGAAGAAGAGCAGAAAGAGCAAAACCUCUCUUAUCACAGUGAAAAACUCGCAGUGGCAUUCGGCAUAAUUAGUACUCCUGCAGGAACUCCAAUUAAGGUUUUCAAGAAUUUAAGAACUUGCGUCGACUGUCAUACUGCCAUCAAGUUCAUUUCCAGUAUAGCUGAAAGGAAAAUAAUCAUACGGGAUUCAAGCAGGUUCCAUUGUUUUGAGUCUGGAAGCUGUUCAUGUCAUGAUUAUUGGUAAUUCAGGCUAAAAGCUUUCUGGUGUAGUUGGUUACUUUCUAGAAGAGGGGGGAAUCCCAUCAGAAGCUUGCUAGGUACAAAUAGCUUGUGCUGGCUGUUGCAGAUUGGCAGGCCUCGGCUAUCCGUCUUUGACAAUUCUCGAUGUGCUGGCAAAUGUAAACUCAGAUCAUUAUCCAAUUUGAUGACAUAUUCCAGGGCAUCCAUCAUGGAAUUGAAGUAUAGUUUAGAAGUAACUGAAAGUCAGUCUGAUGGCAGGCAGUCAAAUCUGGUAGUGAUCUUAUAAGCUAUUUUACUAAUUAUUGAGGUCAAUGUUGGAAACGUUGCUCUGGGAGGUACAACAGUUGGACGUUCUUGGAGGGGAGUUGCAGUGCCGAGAGAAGCAGAAUGAAUUUCCAGUUUCCAAGAUUAUCCUUGGAAACCCAGGGCUUCAGAUUUUGAGACAAUCACGAGCAUUUAUGCGGCGGGGUCUAGUUGAAGUAUACCAUAUAUGAAUGAUGAUGAUUGUCUAAAACUUGGAGUGUCGGUACCAACUAAGGAUCGUUGCUGGGAAUCAAAUGAGGAAUUAUUGUAAUUAAGAUUAUGAAUAAAUUUAUUAUGCUUUGGUUGGCAUUUUUGAAGA